AAAUGGGCUAUGGAUUGAUUUCAGGAAGCGAAGGUGGCUUCCAUCUCUGCUUAACAUCCAACCCGUUGUGCAGAAGAUCCACUAUGGAAUCAUUUGGUUGUGUUUGUUUCAAUACCCAUCUGCCAAAAAUAACCAUUUCGAUCGGAAAUCGUUCUGGAUCCUUCAGAGAUAAGGCCGCAGUUAACGAUAGGUUUGUAACCGCGGAGAUGAACUUCUACGAACUGUUGGGGAUUUCAGAGAGUGGGUCUUUCUCGGAGAUCAAGCAAGCUUAUAAACAGCUUGCACUGAAGUAUCAUCCCGAUGUGUCCCCGCCUGAAAGGAUGGAAGAGCACACCAAGAGAUUCAUUGAAGUACAAGAGGCGUAUGAGACGUUGUCAGAUCCAAAUAGAAGAGCUAUGUAUGAUAUGGAUUUGGCCAAGGGUUUUCAUCUGGCUUUCUCGGGUCGGAGAGGCAGAUAUGAGGAGGAUUUGGAGGAGAGAAUCAACUGGAAGAACAAUUGGGAGUCUCAACUUGAAGGUUUACAAAAGAGGAGAAUGUACAAGGAAUCAAAAGAGAACAUGUCAUGGGGAGCUCGAAUGCGAAGAAGGAAUAAAUCAUUGUAGGCUAUUGUUUUGAUAUACUGUAUAUAAUUUUCUCU